ACUUUUAUUACGUUGCGACAGUUACCUGUAGCCAGCGCACGUUUUGAGUUUUUACCCCAGCGCUAAUAUGUAGCGUCUGUAUAACAUGAAUCUUAGUCCUAAUAAUGUCUCACUCACAGAACAAAAUUUCCGAGUUUAAGGACUUAAUUGAUUUUGAGGGGGAUGUGGAAAGUUCUUCUAGCAAAUUCUCUGAGAUUCAGUUAAUGUUCGACCCUUUAAUCCCAGCUAACAAUCUUUCAAAUGUUAGCAGUAAAAGUGACUUGAAUUUUUUUGAUUCCUUCCUACGACCCUCUAAUAAAUCAAAGGAUUUUCAACCAAGAGAUGACACACCAUUUGAUUUCUCAAAUUAUUCAGAUUUUCUUAUUCCUCGAAUCGACAAUUCAGGAGCGUCACAUAUGUCUUUUACGACUACACAUUCUGGUGGUGUCUACAGUCAGGUUAAUUGCAUUUACAGCCAUUUAAAUGACGUGUCUCACCAGUCAGCUGUAAAUGUUAAGAAGGGCAUGUGUUCAGGAGAAGACAGUGUCAGUGAUACAGUGACAGGGAUAAAAUUAAGACAACAUGAACAAGAUUCUUUUCCCAUUUUUCAUCCGACUACUUCACCUUAUGUUCAUGAGGAUGAAAAAGGUGAAAUCAAUACUGCAGAGAUACAUGAAGAAGUGUCGUCAUCGUUGUCAAUAUCACCGCUUCACUUUAUGGUCAACUGUCAACCGACUAAUGAAUUAAAGCAGUUUGUCAAUUUUGUUCAAAGCUUAUGGAGACAAAAGUACAAUAGACCAAGAACCUCUACACUGAUCAGUGAUCUUGGUGAUAGUUCUGAUCAAAAUGGCGGUUGUUCAGAGGAUGUAUAUUCAUCUCCCGAUUCUUGGGCAUUUGACUGUGUAUAUAAUGACUCUAUGACAAAUACAACAUCAAAAGCUUCACGAUUAUCACACUUUUUAUCUCAUCAACAGUCUAAUCCAUCAUGGGAGACAGAAACUGGAGCGUCCAAUGUAUCUCAUGUAUAUCCUAAGUCUAAGGAGUAUCCUAGCUUCCAAGAAAUUACUCCUAGUCAUUGGACAAAUACUCCUCGAUGGUGUAUCCCUCAAUUGGAAGUACGCAUCACUGCACACUUGACUGGUAGGAAAAGAUCACGUCAAAGUCUAGUUAUUGGAUCGAGGCGCCCAAUCAAUUUGGAUUUAUUGAAUAGUAGUACUCCAGUUAGUCCACGGCUACGUCUGGUUUGUGAUCCUACUACCACACUAGUCAAUGAACUCAUGUUAGAAGCGCUUGCAAAUGAUCUGAUUCCGCAUGAAUUUAGUUUGGAUGCAAAUCAAUUUCAACUGCGUCUUCAGGGCAGAGCUGAAUUGUUACGUCCGGAGGCUCGUCUAUGUGACUGUUAUCAAGUUCAACUAUGUCAUCGUUUAGACCAACCCUUGAAGUUAAUUUUAGAACCGAAAGAUGUUGACCAACCAUCUGCCAAAAAGGAUUUUAGUGAUAUUGAACAAUUUAACCCACAGAAUUAUUUCAUGCAUAACCGACCUACGCCUACUGAAGAGGAUAUCUUUAUAAGUUACAGUGUAUUUCAGAAUGCUUUGCAGAAGUUACGAUCAUGCGUUGUGGAAAAUUAUGCACAAGUUGACAGUGAAACCUGGUUGAAAGAAGUUCAUUGCACCACUUCAAGCUUAAGUCAGUCAGUGAAAGCUGUACUAACAGCUGUUUGCUAUGGAAUAGCUUUUUCUGACGUAAUCAAUGCACUGGGAAAUGUACAAGUUUGUAUUAUGGAUAUUAUAUAUGAUAUUGGUUUGAAUCAUAAAGUAGUCGGAGUAAAGCGUCAUGGCAACAAUAGCAAUAAUGACAACGCUACUGGUGGUAAUGGUAAUACAACGCAAGAAAAUUGGUUUUCAUCUAUUAGACGAAAACAGACUAAACCUUCAUCAUUAUCUAUACACAAUUUUCAACCAAAUAAGAAUUUAAACAAAACACUUGUCAAUUUGAAACGUGAUAUAAAGCCUCAAUCGAGAAAAAAAUUACAUAAUUUUAUAUUAUCAUUGAAUAAAAAUCUCCUCAGUCAGUUGAAUGCAUUUUUUAUCUGGCGCCAAGUUAGCAUAUCCGUUAAGCCGCAGCUUAUUAAUAAUCAUACAGUUCAACAUAAUAAUGAUAAUGAUGAUAGCAGUUGUUCAAUCAGUUUUCCUAAUAUGGAACAAUUAUAUCAUAAAACUGGACGACCGAAAGCUGUCCUGUUAACAGAUUAUAUGCAAUUCGAUGAUCUCCAAGUCGAAAAGUUAUGUGAACAAGAUAGGGAGAUAAAAAGUUCUUCUGACUGUCCAGAUGCUGUAGUCAUCGGUUUAAUUGCUAUACACAAUCCACCUCCUCGUAAAACAAUUGGAGUUUACAAUUCAAUUAUGAGCGGGAAUAAUACAAACACAACCUCAGCUUUAUCCAGUUCAUCUACUAGUCAAUCUGCCUUUGUAAAUAACUCAACAAGAACAGAUGGUUAUUAUUGUGUACGUAUUGGUCUGCUUUAUGCUGGUAGACCAUUGGGUAAGGUAUAUCCCAGUGAAUUAUCCAAUUAUCGCACAAAUUCAUUUGGUAAUUGUUAUACUUCAUCGCCUUAUAUUCAUCAAUCAAAAGAAUAUCAUUGGGCCAAUAAUCAUACACUAUCCGUUGAUAGCCAGCAAAAGCACACUAGAGAUUAUUUUAUUAGUGAUCCUGGUCGUUAUCAAACUAUACAAUCUGGAUUUCCUAAAGUAUUGCAAUUCGAUCAGUGGUUUAAAUUCCCAAGUUUUGCAAUCAGUCAACUACCAAGGGAAGCAAUGUUAACAAUCAGUUUAUUCUUAUGUAAAAAGUUGAAUACUGAAAAUUCUGAUGUUGAUGGAACAUUAGUCGGUUGGGUGAAUUUUCCUUUAUUCGAUAUAAAUGGUCGAUUGAAGCAAAACACAGCAGUUGUUGGUCUUUGGCCACCAUCUGAAUUUAUGCAUGAUUAUAGGCCCACCUGGUCUCAGUCUAAUACAUCACCGGAUUGUCCACUUGUACAGCUUUGUUUUCCCGAGUACCAAUAUGAGAUUGAAUUUCCCAUAAUCAAAUUUGAAAGUCCAUUGGAAACUACUAGUGACAGAUUAGUUUCAUCAUUUAACUCCCUUUGUUCAGAUGCAAAACAGUCAAUCAUUGAAGCAAAAUCUGCAAUAUUACUGCAAACAUUAAAUCCAGAAUUAUCAUUUAAAUCUGUUGAUGCUUCUUUAAUCGCCUAUAGUGCAGCAUCAUCAUCUGUGCAUAGAUCUAGUCGAAGAGAACAUGUACCAAUCCCUGUAUUACAGUUAGCAGCCCUGAAUUCAAUGCUUACAUCUUCUAAUCAAUACAGUUCUUUUGGUAGUAGUAUCAAUGGUGGCAGUACUUCUGGGAGCGGUAGUGUGGUCACUGGUGCUGGUAAUGGAAAUAAUUCUAACUGUAAUAGUAACAAUAACAGUGGUAUUAUUAAUAAUAGCAACAUUCCAGCUUGUAGCAUCAAUUCAGUUACCUGCUGUCUGCCCUGUCCACCAGCAAUAACAAUUGAAGUUUUAUGGAAUUUACGCCAUUCUAUUUGUGAUAUACCCGAGGCAAUGAUAGCACUGGUUAUCAGCUGUUUAGUGAAUUGGCCUCAAAUUACCAAACAAAAUUCAAAAAAUGCCACACAAGAAUGGUCUUGGAUCAAAUUACUAAAGGAAGUGUAUAGUCUUUUAACGGUAACUCCAGUGCCUUAUCCUGGUCUUGUCCUGCGUCUACUGUCACCGGAUGUCGCUGAUCAAGGUAUCCGUCAUUGGGCAACAAGAGCACUAUCUUUGCUUUCGUCAGACAGCCUUCUUCUGUACCUACCUCAAAUAACUGAGGCAGUAAAUCAUGACUUAUAUCUUGACUAUUCUGGUUUAGUGAGUUUAAUCCUACAUCGAGCAGCAUUCUCAAUGCGAUUUGCUAACUCUCUAUACUGGUAUCUCUAUCCUAUGCUUAAUCAAAGUCAACCUUCAUCAGAAUGGAAAUUACAGCGUUUCCGUUUUAUUCAAGCUGCAUUGUAUUGGAAUGCUGAUACCAGAUUGCGUACAAUGUGGAAACGUCAAGAGGAAAUGAUUCAUCAUUUAUCAGUAACUGCUACAAAGGUAAAGCAAGCCAGACCGAAUGCUGCAGUUCGUGAGGAAAUUCUCUAUACUCAUUUGAAGCAAUUUAUGUCUAGUUUAUCAGAAAAUUGUUUACAGUCAUCAGAUCAAGCAUCAAUUAAUGAUGCUUCACUUUCUUCUUCAAAAUCACGCCAUUGGUCAAAUGAUAAAUCAACCAUUGAGGUAUCUAAAUUAGAUGUGGAUAGUUUAGAAAAAAUAUCUGUUGAUAAUGUUAUCGGUGAAUGUCAAGUAUCACAAUAUGAUCUUGGCUUAAGAAUGCCAUACAAUCCUGGACUUUUAAGUCAUCGACUUGAUAUUACUGCUUGCUCAUAUUUUACUUCAUUCACUUGCCCACUGAGACUUGUCUUCCAUGCCUUGGAUGCUGGGACAGAGCCAUUUAUGGUUAUGUUCAAGGCUGGUGAUGAUUUACGUCUUGAUAGUUUAAUAUGCCAACUCACCUUUCUUAUGGAUCGUAUAUGGUUAGAUGCGGGACUGGAUUUGCGUAUGAUACACUUUCGUAUUAUACCAACGGAAGAACAAAAAGGUUUUAUUGAAUUGAUAUCUGAAUGCAGUACUCUUCGGCAAAUCCAACAACAAGGUGGUGGGCUCACUGGACCCUUUAAAGAAGGCGUUAUAACAAAAUGGUUACAGUCUCAAAAUAUCACUGAAUUGGAUUAUAAACGGGCUUUGGAUAACUUUCUUCGUUCAUUAGCUGGAUGUUGUGUAGCGACGUAUAUACUUGGUGUGGGUGAUCGACACAAUGAUAACAUUAUGAUACGUUAUUCUGGUCAUGUAUUCCAUGUUGACUUCUCCAAAGUAUUUGGAAAUAGUCAAACAUUUGUAGGUAUUAAAAGGGAUCGUGUACCAUUUGUGUUAACACAGGAUAUGUUACAUGUGCUGAAUACAUAUUCUAAGGAUAUGACGGAUUCGCUGCAUGGUUUAAGUAAUUCUUCGGGAUUCGGUUACACUCCUGGUCAAAGCUCUACUCAUCCACAACAAGGUAUACAAUUAUUCAUAGAAAAAUGUUGUGAAGCAUAUAAUUUGCUGAGACAUCGUUCAUAUCAGCUUAUUUCAUUGCUGGAAUUGAGCUUAUCGAUGAACAUUCCAGGAUUGAACCGUGAUUGUGUUCGAUUUGUGCUGAGAGCACUGAGACCAGAACUGAAUGAUCGAGAAGCAAGUCAGUACUUCACUGAACUUGUUCGUAAAACUCUACACUCGAAGUCUUCUAGUUUCAAUUUCUUUGUACAUGGAUUAGCCCAGGUUAAACAAGCUACCUUAGGUGGUGGAGGCGUUUCUGGUACAAAUACUAAUAUUUCCAACUUAUCUGAUAGAGGUUCUCCUUCUAGAAUGAAUAAUAUGAUUAGUGAUCAUUCCGCAUUGAUUAAUACUACUAAUAAUCACAGUAAUUCCAGCAUUACUGGGAGAUUUGUAAAUGAUUCAAAGUUGAGAUCAACCCCACCUACAAACAAUUCCCUAUUAAAUUGUCCUGGAACUGGACAAAUAUUCAGUUUUAAUCCAAAGCGUUUCACAAAUAUUUCAGAUGGAAAUAUGGAUGCGAUUGUGGUUGAAAUAGCAGUGAAAAAGAAAACUGAUGAUAAACAUUCUGAUUAUUAUUUUCCAAUGAAUAUUUGGCGUGAAAAUUGUCGUGUCCCAACAAGAAUAUAUCGACGUCUUUCUGACUUGGAAGAAUUAGAAACUCGGUUACAAGAUUGUUUUCCUAACUCAAUUGCUACAAAAACAGUUUCUCAUAUAAUGAAUGCGUUGAAUUCAAUAAAUGUCAGUUCAAGUCGAUCCCAAGAUCAUGUCCAAUCUUUGGUGGAUAGUCUACUUUCGGACGAUGAAAUCGUGUGCAAAAGUGAUGUUGUAUACACUUUCUUUCACAGUGUACUAUUUGAUGAGAGAUUUGCCACUGAAGACAUGUCGUUACAAGCUGUUUCAUAAAAUACCUCCUGUAAGCUUAUAUAACUGAUAAAACUGCAUAAUAGUUAUUUGUAAAAUAUAAACUCUUCUUUGGGGAUUUUUUUGUUUUUACUAUGACUCGGGUUAUUUAGAUGAAAUGAAGAGGAAACUAGUUAAAUUUGAAGCGUAAAAAUAUCUUGUUAUUAUUACAAGUGAACUACGAAGAAGGUCACACUAUACCAUUAUGGCUAAAUGUUGUAACUGUUCGAAGAUAAAGGCCUAUUCUUCUAUCCAUCCGUCUGCACCUCAGAAACUCGUCUACAACCUAAGAAGUUGCUUAAGCGUUGUUACCACCUUACAUGUUGAAUACUGAUAAUCUACUUCAUAACAGAUGCUUUUCUCUUACAAUCAUCCUUCGUUAGGACAGGUAAUAUAUUCAGUGAUUUAUAUGAUAUUUUGUAAAUAGUUUCGCGUAAACCACCAUUUCAAGCAAAGCAUGGUUAAAUACCACAUGUUGCUUAUUUCGAAAAAGUUAUUCUCAUCUCUAAGUACUCAUUUAUUACUUUCCUUAGAAAUAAUCUAAACAUAUAGUAAAAGUAAAUUGAGCAUACUCAAGAUUAAUCACUUUGUAAAAAUUUGUAGUUGGAUAAAAAGUAGACGAAUAUGACUAUAUGACUGCUAACACAACAAGUGUUUUGUUUUGCUAACUGCUUCUAAAAAUGUUAGUCAGUUCAUUUAAUCACUUCUAACGAGGUUCUCAAUUGAUUGUGCUAACCUGAUUUGUUUACUUAUCAUCUUUAUGAAUAAAUUGUGAUUGUUUAAUUUAGAGUUAUGCUUCACUUUAACUUGGUAAAGAGAUCUUUAUUUAUUUUCUCCUUGAGAGUUUAUGUUCGCACUUUGGUUCAGUUAAAAAAAUAAUAACUAACUCUGUUCAACCUAGUUUGUGCUAAUCAACACUACAAAUAAUGAAAUUAUUCAAUUAAUUAAAAAAAAUUUUGUUUAAAUGCACAAUGGUUACUAUUUUUAAAUAUCAAUUUGCGAUUUCAUUUAAACAUUUUUCCAGUGUCUAUAAAGUUUGGUCCUAACAGUAUACAUGCGAUUUAUACUCGUAAUUCAUUGAAAAAUGAUAUCACUUCAGAGAACUCUAAAGAUAGAGUGACACUUUCUAGCUGUUUCUUACUGUUUUAGGGCCUAAUCAUAGCCGUAUUGAUAUAAGUCUUUCACGCAGUUCUAACAAAUAGCCCAAUAACUCUGAGCAACGGUACUCUAUUCAUUCAACGCUUAUGUUUUUUCUGAGAUAAUUAGUGUAUGUUUAUAUACUGUGAGCUGGUCAGUUUUAUAAAUGAUGUCUUUUCAACAGAAGUUCAUAAAUACUCGUAGUUUAACAGGGUGGUACUUUAAUUGACGUCAGUUUUGCUGUGGGAACUUUUAUCUAAUUAACCAAUCUCCUUGAAACAAUAACAGCUGACUUGUUAUUUUGCUUGCAUAAGUAAAUCUGGAUAAAUAUGCAUGCAAGUAAAUAAGUUUACUUUAUUAAUCCUAAAUAUUUUAGGAAUCAAUCC